AUGUUACCGACAUCGAAUCCAAAGCAAAGCUUAGAUGCAUCUCUGAAGAUUUCUCGGCAGUGUCAGAUAGGUGUUGGAACCGGAAAGAAGCCGUCUCCAAGGGAGACGCAAGAGGGUAGCCGAAUUCGCUCCCCAAAGGAGGAAAUCCUUAACAUAAAAUCAAGCAACUUUGAUGCUAGAAGAUUAAGGACAGAGCUGGUUACAGUCAUGAUGAACGCCAGACCCCAAAUGAUACAAUGCUGGACCAAGAUGGGAAUGAAAUCAACGAGAACAUAUUGUCUCGUUAUCCCUUCACUAGCAAGGAAUAGGACUGAAAGCAGGCGGACAGAGCACAAUAGCCCCAUGGAGGAAGGAUACUCAGCCGGUGGAGCAGUAAAAGGAACCAAGGGCUGA